AUGACCUCCCACAAAAACACCGUAUACGUCGUCACCGGCGGCAAUCGAGGCAUUGGUCUCGGCCUUGUGAAGGCUCUCCUUGCUCGCCCCUCUGUCACGGUAAUCGCGACUGUCCGUAACGACAAGUCUAGGUCUGACUUGGAGUUUGCUGUCGAGAGUAUACCAAAAGGUGACGGAAGUACUUUAUCCAUUGCCCAGCUGGACUUUUCUGCGGGCAUUCCGAUUGAACGAAUCCGCAGCGCGUUCGACAUCGAUCACAUCGACGUUCUCAUCAACAACGCUGCUGCCAGUUUCCAAUCAUACGCUGCACUCGAGAUACCCACAGCCGACCUUCGAUCUGCCUUCGAGAUAAAUACAAUUGGACCUCUUACAGUCGUCCAAGCACUGUGGCCUUUACUGCAAAAGUCAGCUGCGCCCAAGGUGGUCAAUAUCUCCUCUUCGAUUGGCUGCAUCACCUAUCAAGAGGUUGUGGCUGGUGCCUAUGGUCCAAGCAAAGCGGCAUUGAACUGGCUUACACGGGCGCUGCAUUUGCAGAACGAGCAGCUCGUGGCAUUUGCGCUUCAUCCUGGGUUUGUGGGUACGGACAUGGGCGAAUUUGCUGCUACGGAGUGGGGAUUUCCUCUGGCUAUGCUGGCAUCUGUUGAAGACUCGGUCACACAAAUGCUCAAGGUGAUUGAUGAUGCUACUCGGGAGACGGUAUCGGGUAAAUUUGUUACAUACAAGGGGGAGGAGUUGCCAUGGUGA